GUAGCCAAGUAGACGCCAGCACCCCCUCCUUAAGGAGCGACAUGUCCCAUGCUCUUGUUUUCAAGUUUUUAAUUAUUCAGUACAGGACCUUGAAUGAAUAAUGCAAUAGGGCUAGGCGUACAAAACUCCCUGACCACCUCCAGGUACACUGUGAACAAUGCAAGCGAACGAUUCCAUAGAACUGGGGUGGGAAUACAAAACUAAAUACAAAACUGAACAAAUACAAACGGACUGCCCCGUGCCCAGGCCAGCGGAGCGUGGGCCUGCCCAGGGGCAAGUCGGGCCUGCCUGUUCCCAGCCGUGGGCGCCCUUCUGGGCCGUUCCGUCCCAUCCCGCCCCGCGACGGAUCAGUUCCAGGACCCAAAUCCCCUCAGAACAAACAUCUCCCGGGCGCUCCGGGCGUCUUGAACUGCUCCGAGGCCGGCGUGAGCGCGGCGCUGGCGGGCGGGCCUCUCCCGGCCGCUGCCACGGCGACAGCUGAGAUGCUCCCUCAGGAUGAAGCUGAAGAAGCAGGUCACGGUGUGCGGUGCAGCCAUUUUCUGCGUGGCGGUCUUCUCCCUCUACUUAAUGUUGGACCGUGUUCAGCAUGACCCCACACGGCACCAGAAUGGGGGCAAUUUUCCUCGGAGCCAGAUCUCAGUGCUUCAGAACCGGAUUGAGCAGCUGGAGCAGCUCCUGGAAGAGAAUCAUGAAAUCAUCAUCCACAUCAAGGACUCUGUACUGGAGCUGACGGCCAAUGCUGAGGGGCAGCCUGUAGUCUUGCCCUUCCACAUGCCCAAUGGCUCAUGGAUGCUGCCCCCAGAGAGUCGACCCAGCUUCUACUCCGUCUCUUCCCAGGACUGCCAGUUUGCUCUGGGGAGGAAGGGCCAGAAGACAGACCUGCAGAUGCUGGCGGUGUCCGAGUUGCUCCCAUAUGACAACCAGGAUGGUGGUGUGUGGAAGCAAGGUUUUGAUAUCACGUAUGAGCCCAACGAAUGGGACGCAGAACCACUGCAAGUCUUUGUGGUGCCACAUUCCCACAAUGACCCAGGCUGGAUCAAGACCUUUGAUAAAUACUACUUUGAUCAGACGCAGCACAUCCUGAACAGCAUGGUGGUGAAGCUGCAAGAGGACCCUCGGCGGCGCUUCAUCUGGUCUGAAAUCUCCUUCUUCUCCAAGUGGUGGGACAACAUCAGUGCCCAGAAACGGGCUGCUGUCCGCAGGUUGGUAGGCAAUGGGCAGCUUGAGAUGGCAACUGGAGGCUGGGUGAUGCCAGAUGAGGCCAAUUCCCACUACUUUGCCAUGAUCGACCAGCUCAUUGAGGGGCACCAGUGGCUGGAGAAGAACAUUGGAGUAAUGCCACGUUCUGGAUGGGCUGUCGAUCCGUUUGGGCAUAGCUCCACGAUGCCUUAUCUGUUGCGUCGCGCCAACCUGACCAGCAUGCUCAUCCAGCGUGUCCACUACGCCAUCAAGAAACACUUUGCAGCUACCCGAAACCUGGAGUUCAUGUGGAGGCAAAGCUGGGACACUGACUCCAGCACUGACAUCCUCUGCCACAUGAUGCCAUUCUACAGUUAUGAUGUGCCCCACACGUGCGGCCCUGACCCCAAGAUCUGCUGCCAGUUUGACUUCAAGCGUCUGCCAGGGGGGCGCAUCAACUGCCCCUGGAAAGUACCACCCAAGGCCAUCACUAGUGCCAAUGUGGCUGAGAGGGCACUGCUUCUGCUCGACCAGUACCGAAAGAAGUCCAAACUCUAUCGCAGCAAAGUGUUGCUGGUGCCCCUUGGGGAUGACUUCCGCUAUGACAAGCCCCAGGAGUGGGAUGCCCAGUUCCUUAACUACCAGCGCCUCUUUGACUACCUCAACGCCCACCCUGACCUCCAUGUUCAGGCACAGUUUGGCACUCUCUCAGAUUACUUUGAUGCCCUUUACAAGCAGGUGGGCAUUUUCCCCGGCAUGUGCCCACCUGGCUUCCCAGUACUCAGUGGCGAUUUUUUCUCCUAUGCGGACCGAGAGGAUCAUUACUGGACAGGGUACUACACUUCCCGGCCCUUUUACAAGAGCAUGGGUCGUGUCUUAGAGGCUCAUCUCAGGAGUGCUGAGGUCUUGUACAGCUUGGCCCUGAGUCAUGCCCGCCACGCAGGCAUGGACAGCAAGUACCCGCUGUCCGACUACGCCUUGCUCACUGACGCACGGCGCAACCUGGGCCUCUUCCAGCAUCAUGAUGCCAUCACCGGAACUGCUAAGGAGGCAGUGGUUGUGGACUAUGGUGUCAGGCUGCUCCACUCCCUCAUGAACCUCAAACGGGUCAUCAUCAAUGCUGCACACUACCUGGUCUUGGGAGAUAAGGAAACCUACCACUACGACUUGGCAGUGCCCUUCCUAGGCACAGAUGAGACGCGUCUCAAUCAGGACUCUCUGCCGGAGAAAACCGUCAUCAAGUUAGAUGCCACGCCCAGGUUUGUGAUUGUGUUUAACCCCCUGGAGCAGGAGCGUCUGAGCAUCGUGUCCCUCCUAGUGAACACACCUCGCAUCCGUGUUGCCAACGAAGAGGGGCAGCCUUUGGCAGUGCAGCUCAGUGCACGGUGGAGCUCUGCCACAGAUAUGACCCCUGAAGUCUACCAGGCAUCCAUCAUGAUCCGACUGCAACCACUAGGUCUUACCGUCCUGCAACUGAGCAAGUCUUUUGACAGCCACAACACUCUCAGGUCCUCAGUGCGUCUCUUCCUGCAUGGCCGUGACCUCCCAGUGCGCAAGCACGAGACUUUCCCAGUGCGCAUUGUCCCUACUGCCUCGGAUGACUUCUGUCUUGAGAAUCAGCAGAUGCGGGCUUGCUUCUUGGGGCCCAGUGGUUUGCUCAAAAGUGUACAUCAUGCUGGGGAGGAACAAGAGCAGAGGCUGCAUAGCCAGUUCCUCAUCUAUGGGACUCGGAGCACCAAGGACAAAAGUGGAGCCUACCUCUUCCUGCCUGAUGGAGAAGCCAAGCCCUAUGUCCCCAAGGACCCACCAGUGGUUCGAGUGACUGAGGGGCCCUUCUUCUCAGAGGUGGCUGUUUACUACCAGCACUUCCAGGAGGUGGUACGGCUCUACAACGUGCCAGGAGUAGAUGGGCUGUCCCUGGAGAUCUCCUGCCUAGUGGACAUCCGUGACCAUGUCAACAAGGAGCUGGCGUUGCGUUUCAGCACAGACAUUGAGAGCAAGGGCACUUUUUUCACCGACCUGAAUGGCUUCCAGAUUCAACCUCGGCAAUAUAUGAAGAAGCUGCCGCUCCAGGCCAACUUCUAUCCCAUGCCCGUCAUGGCUUAUAUCCAGGACAGACAGAGCCGCCUGACCCUGCACACGGCUCAGGCCUUGGGUGCCUCCAGCCUUAGCAGCGGCCAGCUGGAGGUGAUUCUGGACCGACGCCUCAUGCAAGAUGACAAUCGAGGCCUUGGACAAGGUCUGAAGGAUAACAAACGGACCUGCCACCGCUUCCGCCUCCUCCUGGAGCGGCGCAGCACUGCUAACCAGGCGCAGGACAGUCGGCCAGUGAGCUUCCCAUCUUUGCUAAGCCAUAUGACUUCCAUGCACCUGAACACCGAGGUGCUUGUGAUGCCCGUCACCCAGGAGAAGCCCCCACCUUCUGCUCUGAGGUCCUUCCUGCCCUUCUCAGCCACCAUGCCCUGCGACUUCCACCUUCUCAACCUGCGCAUGCUGCAAGGGGAGGAUGAUUCGCUGCCCUCCAUUGAGACGGCUCUGAUACUGCACCGCAAGGGCUUUGACUGUGGCCUGGAGGCCAGGAACUUAGGCUUCAAUUGCACCACCACCCAGGGCACGAUGCCUCUUGGUGGCCUCUUCCAGGGCCUUGAGUUGGUGUCCGUGCAGCCCUUCUCUUUGACCUUGAUGUACCCGCUGGCCCCCUCUUCUUCUAACAAUACAGUCGUUCACCUGGACCCCAUGGAGAUAGCAACUUUCCGCCUUCGUCUUGGAUAACAGCCCUCAGUGACUAGGUGGAACUUGCUGGUCUGCCACACAUUGCAGGAACAGAACUGGCCAACGAUGCGCCGGCUGUGCUGUGGCUCAGUGCUGGGUGGCAGCAGGAGCAGAGAGACUGAAAGGAGGCGUUCUGUUAUUUACUCAUCUCUUUUCGUAGACACUGCAUUUAAAGGCCGGCUGGAGGCUGGCCCAGAUGCUCUGUGGCACUGCAGCAAAGGCCUCUGCCAUUAUCCUCCCAGGGAAUGGGUCCCACCUGAUCUCACCUGUCCGUUUUGGGCUGUUGGCCCAGCUCGGCUAGCUCCCCAAGGGAAGAAAUGAUGAUGUAGCAAUCACUGGAUGAAAGUGAAAUAAGUUCUCAGGGAAAAAGCCUCUCUCUCAGACACGCGGCUCUUGACUUGUGCUUUGGGACUUCCUGAACCCACGUGGGAAGUUACUCAUUUCCAGAAUACAGGGGUAAAUGAUG